AAGGAUCCUAGACACUAAAGCUGCCUUUGGUACAUAAGAAUCCACAACAAACGAAUUCCAACUUUAAUGAAAUUCGCGUAACAUUUAUUUAGACAAAUAACUCAAAUAUGAAUCCACAAAUAGAACCUUUAGAUCUCUCAAUCAAGAACAAAUCCAAAAAAAUGGUAAAUGUAAUAGAUUUCAACUUCCUCGCCGGUCUGAACGAUCAUCUAGUGAAGCUGUACGAACGCACCAACCAAGUCGACAGUAAAGUGUGUGUGCCGCGGGCGAGUGUGAAGACUGUCCUGCCUUGCCAAGUCUGUUUGAAAACCUUCGACCGGCCUUCCUUGUUGAAGCGACACAUGAGAACCCAUACAGGUGAGAAGCCCCACAUCUGCAACGUGUGCAGCAAAGGCUUCAGCACUUCCAGCUCGCUCAACACGCACCGCAGGAUACACACAGGUGAAAAGCCGCACAAGUGUCCCGAAUGCGGGAAGUGCUUCACGGCCAGCUCCAACCUGUACUACCACCGCAUGACGCACACCAAGAACAAGCCCCACAAAUGCUCGUGGUGCCCACGUUCCUUCCCCACUCCGGGCGAACUUCGCGCGCACACCGCCGCGCACGCUCGACCACUCGACGGAUUACUCGCCCGACCGCUCGACGGUUUAAUCGCCCGACCGCUCGACGGACGGAUCGCUCGACCGCUCGACGGAAUGGUCGCGCACGGCCGAGAACUGUGGCCGAAUCCGCCCGUGUGUCCGAGGAUUAGGUUCAGACAACCGCGUCAUUAUGUUAGCUAUGAUUGA